AUGUCUGAGCAACAGACUCUGUCAGUGGCCCUACCCCCUGGCGUCAGUCAGGAGCCUCUGGAGCCCAUUUGCCCUCCCACUGACUCCCAGCAGGAGCAAGUAAAGCAGCUGACUCCACUGCCUGCCCCAUGCCAGAAGGUGACCUCGGAGCUCCCAAAGGAACUUCCUCUGCAGCAUGUGGAGAAACACGCCACUCCUGUGAAGGGGACACCCGAGUGCGAGUGUGAACCACAGACCCAGGAACCUCAGGGGCAGGGGCUGCAUCUGCACCAACCAGAACAACAUCUGGAUCCACAGCAGCAAGAGGCACAGGAGCAGGAACAGCACUUCGAUCCGCAGGAACUCCAGGAGCAGGAAGAAAAGCAGCAAGAGAAGCACAAGGAACAUCAGGAAGCAGAAAGCCUGGAGCAGCAACUGGAGCAGGAGACAGCUCAAAGGGAACAGGAACCAAAGGAGCAGCUGGAAGAGGAGAAGAAGCUUCUGGACCAGAAACUGGGUCAAGAGCUAGCAAACAGAGGAGAGCAGCUAGAGAAACAUCAGGAAGCAGAAAGCCUGGAGCAGCAGCUGGAGCAGGGGACAGCUCAAAGGGAACAGGAAUUAAAGGAGCAGCUGGAAGAGGAGAAGAAGCUUCUGGACCAGAAACUGGGUCAAGAGCUAGCAAACAAAGGAGAGCAGCUGCUGGGCCAUGUGGAGAAACAUCAGGAAGCAGAAAGCCUGGAGCAGCAGCUGGAGCAGGAGGCAGCUCAAAGGGAACAGGAAUUAAAGGAGCAGCUGGAAGAGGAGAAGAAGCUUCUGGGCCAGAAACUGGAUCAAGAGCUAGCAAACAGAGGAGAGCAGCUGCUGGGCCAUGUGGAGGAGCAGGGAACACAACUGGAGUCAGCAGAGCAGCGGGAAGGACAAGCUGAGCAGCCUGAAUAUGUCCUCGUUCCCGGCCAUGUCCAGGAGACACAAAUAGUCCAGCCACAGAAGGGAGCAGUCUUGCUCCCUGUAGAGCAACAACAGCAGAAGCAGGAGGUGCAGUGGCCCCUUAAACAUAAGUAA